AUGCUUGUCCAGCAGACCUUCGUACGCGCGCGUCGAUCCCUGUAUGGCAGGAUAUUCCUUAAUUAUCGUGACAUGAGUGCCCGCAAAUGGACAACCUGUUCAUGUACAGUCUGUAGAGAUGACGCCAUUCCUUCUCGAUCGUUCCCGAUGUCUAAUCAGCUUUCUAAUCAUGUAAAACCGUCGACUACCGUUGAUCAGUAUUUGAAUUCUCCAGGUACGUUGUGUUUUCAGCUUGGAUUUCCCCUCACUGCUUCUUGGCGCGCCCAUAUACUGUACUGCAAGGCAUCAAUAACAAUGUCAUCUAUGCAAGCUGUCCUAAUCAAAGAUGGUAAAGGGCCCAUUGAGAACUUGUACAUCGGUGAGGCCGACAAGCCGACUCCCAAGGCAGAUGAGGUGUUGGUCAAGAUCAAGGCAUUCGGCCUGAACCGAAUGGAUGUAAGUCAACGUGAGGGUCGUUACCCUCCUCCCCCUGGGAUUUCGGACAUUCUGGGUGUGGAGUUCUCCGGACAUGUUGUCGACAUUGGCAACAGUGUAGAACGGUGGACGAUCGGCGACGAAGUCUUCGGCCUCGCUGGCGGGGGGGCAUAUGCAGAAUUCAUAGUUGUCCCCGAGACAAAUGUCUUGAAGAAACCAGGUCACCUAUCAUGGGUUGAAGCCGCUAGCCUUCCUGAGAAUUUCUUGACCGCAUACCAGGCUCUUAUUCUCGUGGGUGAAAUGAAGGAGGGCGAAGAUGUCCUUGUUCACGCUGGGGCGUCUGGAGUUGGUGUAGCUGCAAUACAGCUUGCUCGGCUCCAUCACGCGAAACAUGUCAUUGCGACGGCAUCCACUAGCGACAAGCUCAAUUGGCUCCGAUCACUUCCAAGCGGAGCUACGCACACAGCUAACUAUAAGACUCAAGAUUUCGCGGCAGAAGUCAAGAAAGUUACCGAGGGCAAAGGUGUGGACGUAGUCAUUGAUUUCGUCGGCCAAAGCCACUGGCACAAGAACAUCGAUUCUCUUGCCGUAGAUGGCAGAAUGACGCUACUUGCCUUUCUGAGCGGUGCCGAGGUUCCUUCCUUCAAUUUGCUUCCAAUUCUGUUCAAAAGACUCCGUAUACAAGGGUCUACCUUACGCAGUCGCUCUAAACAAUACCAGGCGGAUCUCAUUAAGAAGUUCGAAGAGAACAUUCUCCCUCACAUUACAGGCAGCGAGGGUGCAGGGAAAGUUCGCACUUACAUCCAUAAGGUUUACCCCUGGACGGAGAUACAGGAAGCACACCGUGAAAUGGAGGCGAAUAAGAAUAGCGGGAAGAUUAUAGCAGAAGUUGUGUGAAGCUUCGUCCUACACAGUUCCACUUGAGGACGAGCCGUAUGGUACAACCAAAGACGAUGUACAUAUUUGGAACAAGAACUGUAAAAUACGCCAGCAGGAAGGAACAUACGGGUUCGGAUCGGACCAGCAAUAAAAGACAGUAUCGAUC